AAAUUUACACCAGAAGUUUCCCAGACUUGCAAUCAUGAACAUGGAGCCCACGACUAAAACUUGGAAUAUAAUCCUAGCGGGUUGGAUUUUAGUUAUCUUACACCUGAACCAGACUUAUGGAAACAACCAACCUUUACUUCAAAUUAAGGGGGAAGAUUCCGGCACGAUUUUCUUCACCGCAGAUAUUUUUUUGAUGUGGGACCAAGCCCAAGCUUUUUGUGAGACAAAAGGUUUGCAGCUUGCUUCAAUCCUAAAUGAACGUCAACAGAAUUUGAUAAAUCUUUAUGCGCAGGACAACUUCAGAAAUGGUUGGAUCGUAUGGACGAGUGGAUUUAAUUUGUAUCCAAGUCCAAAUUGGACUUGGGGUGACGAUUCCUUCACUCCCAUUCCAUUGAGUUCGGAAAUUAGUUUAUUCUUCCAAAACUGGGCGUCAGGGAUGCCAGGACACGGAACUGGCCCCCAGAGGAGAUGUGUUGCGGUUUCACUCGAUACCAACACAGGUGGUGGAAUUGGAAAGUGGAAUUCGGCAAGUUGUCGAGCCUAUUUUCGGCCACUGUGCUCAUCAAGUGUGGUGCCAAUUACAUCAAUCGGGACGACGACAUCGGUCCCUAGUACAACAACUUUGCCACCAAAGGAGUCCACUACUAUUGCAAAUGAUUUGAUCUACAUUGGUGAAUCCACUGCAGGUGAAAUUACAAAAACAUUCUACGGGCAAAGAGUGAGUUCUAGCUGGCGUGUGGCGAGACAAGUUUGCGCGUCACGUGGACUUGAACAAGCAACCUUGGAGAAUACGAGGGACCAAGAAGUUGUCAACAAAUGGGACUCCAUGUGGUCCGGUUUUUGGACGGCUGGACGAGAUUUGGGGAACAAUACCUGGGUUUGGAUAUCGAAGGAUGGCGCUCCAGGUGUGAAGAUUGCAACACGGGAACAAAAUGGUUUCGAAUACUGGAGGCCUGGUCAACCUGCUGUUUUUAUGAACAGUAGUGUACCAGCAGGGUCACGAGAUGAAGCGUUUUGUCUCGUCUCGUACCUUUGGAGUGGACGAAGUUGGAUAGCCACACCUUGUUGGCACGGACGGCCAGCGUUGUGCAUGGCUGUUUCGGCCAUUAAAUUGUAAUAUUGAGGAAUAGUUACAAAGGAAAUCAUGAUUAAUGUGUUUUUAUUGUUGUUCAACGUAUUGAUUUUCAGAUACAUGUAUUGAUUUCAUAUUUAAACGAAAUAAAAUACACUAAAGUCACUCUCUCAAACCCUA